UUUCGAUCGAAAAAAUAUUCGUGUUUGGUUAAAAAAUGUCAAAAAAUGAAGAGAAACGUUUCAUAUAGCAUUUUCAAUGUGAAAAUUUGGGAAACAAUAACACUAAAUAAUAGCAUUAAACCAUCAGUACACUAAGAAUUAUUCACCUAGCUAUUAUCAUGCACAGUUUCCAUAUCAAUCCAAUAUAAAUUGUAGCUCCCCCAUCAAAACUAGAAUACAUACCAUAUAUACAAAAAUAGAAACAAUAUUAAUAAUUCCCAAGGUUGCCCUUCCACAAUAUAAUAUCUCCAACAUUAUUGGAGAUGAAUUCGCCUAACCAAGAGAAAAACCUAGGAAUCUUAGCUAGUAAAUGGGAUUGGGUUAAGGGCAAGAUGGUAAAUGCCGCAAAAACGACCAAGAAAAUCGGAACCGAUGAUCCGAGAAGAGUUAUACACGCAAUGAAAGUAGGAUUAACACUCACAUUAGUAUCUUUGUUCUACUACUUUAGACCGCUUUACGAUAGCUUUGGAGAAUCAGCAAUUUGCGCUAUCUUAACGGUCGUCGUCGUUUUCGAAUUUACCGUUGGUGGGACCCUAUCAAAAAGCUUGAACAGAGGUGGCGCGACGGUGCUCGGUGCUGCUAUAGGAAUUGGAGCAAAGUCGUUAGCCGCUGCCGGUGGAGAGAGAGGAGAGCCGGUUAUUCGUGGCUUUCUCGUCUUCAUUAUAACGGGCGCAGCGACGUAUACGCGAUUUCUGCCGAUCGUAAAGAGGAAAUAUGAUUACGGAGGGCAAAUAUUCAUUGUCACUUUCAGUCUGGUGGCGGUUUCGGGCUAUCGGGUCAACCACAUUUUGCAAAUGUCCCAUCAAAGGCUGGCCACAGUACUCAUGGGCGGGGCGGCAUGCAUCUUAAUAUCCAUAUUCGUUUGCCCCGUUUGGGCGGGUCGGGAUUUGCACAAUCUCGUCGCUGAAAAUAUCGAAAAGCUUGCCGACUUCUUAGACGGUACGUAUAUAUUGCUGGAAAUUUUAUCCUUAAUUAAUUAA